ACGCCUUGCAUCAUGUACCCGCACCAUACGCACACAACGAUGCUGAACCCCGCUAGAGCUUUCCACCAUACGUCCUAAUGCACCAUACGCAUACUCACCUCGCUACCGCGACGAAAGCUGCGCUGUGCUUGCUAUAUAAGCAAGCACUUCGCACUGAGUGCGCUCAUUUGCUCCAGUUCGCCGAAUCGGACGGUCACCGGGAACAGCAGUAGGCAGCGGGAAGUCAACGCCGGCUCAUCAAUCCCGUUCGUUUCAUCACCGUGCCCGCUGCAACAAGCGCCAACGCUGGCUCAUCAAUUCCGUUCAUUUUCAUCACCGUGCCAGCUUCAACAAGCGUCAACGCCGACUCAUCAAUUCCGUUCGUUUUCAUCACCGUGCCAGCUUCAAUAAGCGUCAACGCCGGCUCAUCAAUCCCGUUCGUUUUCAUCAUCGUGCCAGCUUCACUAAGCGUUAACGCUGGCUCAUCAAUCCCGUUCGUUUUCAUCACCGUGCCAGCUUCAAUAAGCGUCAACGCCGGCUCAUCAAUCCCGUUCGUUUCAUCACCGUGCCCGCUGCAACAAGCGUCAACGCCGGCUCAUCAAUCCCGUUCGUUUUCAUCACCGUGCCAGCUGCAACAAGCGUCAACGCCCGGCUCACCAAUCUCGUUCGUUUUCAUCACCACUGUACACAUCACGCUGGUCUGGCUGUCCACUGAAAGGGGGGCGUGGACAAUUCGUUUAUUAAAAUCAAAUCUUUUAUUUGCUAAGGGUUCAUGGGUCCCAAGGCUGACCCUGGAGCGGCUGAGCUUACCUCAGCUAUGGACGAAACCCCAUUACAAAUGGCGCCCGAGCAGGGACUUGACUUUGUGAGUGAUAGUGGAAAACAUGAAACGGUCACCAACGCUCAUGAAUCAGGUUCGCCGCGCCCCCCACACAAUCAUAAGCAUCGCAGUACUCCAGCGAUGAAGGCUCUAACGCUUGAGACGGACACGACCAGUUGGAUUUACUGGCUGAAGAAGGACCGAUUAGUCACCGAGUGCAGACGACACCACAUCGCUGUCGAAGGGCGCACCGUAGCAGACCUCCGUAGCGAGCUGAGCGCCUGCAUCCGUGCAAAGCGCCACCAUAAAUCCACGGAGGACCUAGUGCAAGCUUUAGAAAGGGAGAUGAAGGAGGAAGGUAACGCCACCAUACUCGUUCCAACCACCACGGUAAGAAUCCCAAACAAAGCGGUAGCAACACGUGGCGACAUAACCUCAGCUGCAAGAGUGCCGGAUUUGGAGGUUAUAAACUCCGUGCGGCGAUGGAACAUACGCUACAGCGGUCGCGAAAAUUUACACGACUUUCUGGAGCGAUGCGAAGAGCUAGCAGAAUGCUACUCGAUAGCAAACAACCAGCUUCUUGCCACGAUGCCGGAAAUUCUGCAGGACAAAGCGCUGCAAUGGUUUCGAGUAAAACGCAACGUCAUCAACACGUGGGACGACUUUCGUUACGAGGCUGAACGGUCCUUUUUACCGAAACGACACCUCGCACAUCUGGAAGAAACCAUCCAUCAGCGCAAGCAAUUUCCCAGAGAGAAGGCAAAGGAUUAUGUGCUGGCCAUCCAGACGCUUAUUCGCCAGCACCCGAAACUUCGCGAUGAAGAUCACACCGAGCGUAUAUAUGACGGUCUAAGGGUGGAAUAUCGCUUAUAUGUCCGUCGGAGCGAUUUCAAUAGCGUGGACGAACUACUCGAAUUAACGGAAGAGUUCGAGUUGCUGAAAGGCGAGGAGACCAGGCAAACGAGAAACACCAAUCACUGUUUGACGGCGGUAAGUAAUAAGUAUUGCCGCGAGAAAGUUUGUUGGCGAUGCAAGCAGCCGGGACACCGAAGACACCAAUGUCGCAACCAGCAGCGAAUAUUUUGCUCUCGCUGCGGACUCGACGGAAUCAUGUCACGGGACUGCAAUUGUCCUACACAUGUGGCAGUGCGAGCUACUCCGCCCCAACCCAGUACAGCAGCACGCAUAACAACGCUUCCGUACCCAGAAAGGAAGCAAGAUGGCCGUUAUUAUCUGCCCAUUACUGUCGCGGGCAUGCAGGUCGAAGCCCUGGUGGACACCGGAGCCACACUCACAUAUAUCGGUAAGGAUCUUCAACGUCAUCUAGAUGAACACCAAAUCAAAGCCAGACGCCAGACCCGUCGCAUUCAGCUAGCUAACCAGACGUAUAUACCUAGCACAAAAAUGUAUCCCGUUACCAUCGAGCUGGGGAAGAAGAUGACGCAUCUACUCGUAUCCGCUUUACCGACGCUGGCGGAACCGGUCAUCCUGGGCAUGGACUUCCUGAGGAAACGGAACCUGACUAUCACCGUCGAUGGUCAACCGGUAGCCGCUACACGCCUGAGCACACAGACACCUACCGACCACCUCGCGAUGCUAACCGAGAGGCAACAUCUUACGGAAAAGGAGAAUCAUCAACUGAAUACUCUCCUCACGGGAAAUGCGGCAGUGUUCUCGACGAUCACCGGCCCCAGCACAGCCGCCGAACAUGUGAUUCGACUUAAACACGAUCGCCCAUUGAAACAGAGAUAUUACCCGCGCAACCCAGCGAUGCAAGAAGUCAUCAAUCAGGAGGUGGACGAAUUGCUUGCAACCGGCCGCAUCGAAGUCUCUAACAGCGCUUACAGCUCGCCCAUCGUCUUAGUGCGAAAGAAACAAGGAAGUUGGCGAAUUUGA